CGACUGCCUGGGCACGCAGAGGGAAAGCUAAACAAAAGGGAGCUUUGCCGGACAACCUUCUGAGGUUUGAACUUUGGACAGUGCAGACGAUUUUGACUGCCCUUAUGUUAGCGACGCUCGGCAAGUUCUUCGAUUUCCGCAAGCAGACAAUCCCCGGUAGCGCCGCAGGUGACCCGCAACUCGAAUGGAGCUUUGGCCAAAUUCUGGUUUUGACGACCUGGAUUCCGGUGAUGCUUGACAUCUGGUAUACGAGUAACGUCGGGAUAAUAAGAGGCCUUGAAGUGCAUAUGCCUGGUGGUUUUCAUGCAGUUACCGCGGCUGAAUUCAAAAAGAUCUUGCCACAAACGCAUGAUAAGAAUCAGGGGUUAGAGCAGGAAUCAAAUGGUGUGCUACAGGGCAGCCCAAGUAAUGGACGUGGAGAGGAAAAGUCUGCCAGUGAUAUUGAGGUGUAGGAUCGCUUAGGAUCGCUGUGGGCGUUUGUUUUGGUGCACAAGCCUCACCUUUUCUUAUUUCUUUCUCCUUUUGUUCCUGGAACGUUUGUAUCAUAGAC